AUGGAAAUCAACGAUGGAGAAGAAGAGGAAUUUGAAUUCUCACGGAAUUACUUUCUAGCAAAAGAAUUAGCCGGGUCGGGUAAGAAAUCAACUCGCAAGAUUUCCGAUAUCAACGUCGUCGAUGAACAGGAGCUAAGGGCGGCAGCAGCUAAUAUUGAGCUAAAACAUGAGAAAGAGAUUAAUUCUCUUGUUAAUAGUUACAAGAGCUUGUAUCCUAAAUGGGAUUUCGAACUCAGGUGUGGAUUUGGCCUUCUAAUGUAUGGAUUUGGAUCUAAGAAGGUAUUGAUUGAAGAUUUUGCUUCAACAGCUUUAACUGAGUAUUCUGUAGUAGUAAUCAAUGGGUAUCUUCAGUCAGUCAAUCUAAAACAGGUGGUCAUUGCCUUAGCUGAAAUUUGGUGGGAAGAGUUGAAAACCAGACGGAGAACUUCUUCAGGGUUAUCAUCUAAAGUUCAACAGCCUUUUAAUUCUCGAUCUAUGGAUGACCUUCUUGCAUUUUUGCAUGAAUCACAUGUAGAUGAAAAUGAUUCUUUUGUGUGUGUUGUUGUUCACAACAUUGAUGGGCCUGGGUUAAGAGACCCUGAAAGUCAACAGUAUCUUGCACGACUUGCUUCUUGUUUGCAUAUCCGUAUGAUUGCCUCCAUUGACAAUGUCAAUGCACCUCUUUUGUGGGACAAGAAGAUGGUUCACACCCAGUUUAACUGGUGCUGGUAUCAUGUUCCUACCUUCACACCAUAUAAAGUUGAAGGAAUCUUCUUUCCUCUGAUUCUUGCUCACAGCAGCACAACUCAAAGUGCCAAAACUGCUGCAAUAGUAUUACAGAGUUUGACACCCAAUGCCCAAAGUGUGUUCAAAAUUCUUGCAGACUGUCAGUUGUCUCAUCCUGAUGAAGAAGGCAUGCCAAUUGAUACUCUGUAUACAGUUGCUCGAGAGCGCUUCAUUGUGAGCAGCCAGGUCACAUUGAACUCCCAUUUGACAGAGUUCAAAGAUCAUGAGUUAGUCAAGACUAAACGGCAAAGUGACGGACAAGAUUGCUUGCACAUCCCACUUGCAGCAGAUGCCCUUGAAAAGCUAGUUUCUGAGAUCAAUCAAUAG